AUGUUCUACACAAUGUACUUGUCGAGCGUCUGUCAGCGUCGCCAAUGGCCAGAUCCACACUAUGAACCAUUCCGUACCCGCUCUGGUCACUUCUGCAAGGUCCGCGUGAACAACCGCGAGUACAGCACCGAGGUGGCGUAUGCUACGGAAGCCCUUGCUCGGGAUGGUGCCGCGCAAAAGGCUUAUAUGAUAUGUCGUAACUUCUCUGUCAACGACGGCAUGUUCCCCGGGCAGAGACCCGGACAGAGAACCUCCGCUGGAGCUAUUCAAGGUCUCCCAGUUGCCAUUGGAACAGGACGAAGAAGCAACCGCAGUUCCGGGGCCAGCUACGAUACUGCCAGUACCGACGGCACGAGCAGUGGCAGCAACAGUCCCAGGAGCACCGAAAGCGGCUUUGAGCAGCAGAUGCGACAGGUCACACAACAGGUACCCAAGCCGACGAAGCCUCAUGGUUCGAGGAGGUCGAACAUGGGUCAGGAGGACUACGUUUGCUACUGUCGCCGCGGCGCGGUUCGUGCAUAUGGUCGAUGCGCUUGGUGUUUGAGAGAAAGCGGAUGGGCGUGA